UAUCACAACACAGCUCUUCUCGUCAAGCAAAAAAGACAACUCCUUUUCUUUCCCCCUCCAUCAAAGAUCUCGAAAGCAGAAUCAGCAUCAUGGCGCCGGCGGGCAAGGCGUCUCUAGUGGUGGCGACGAGCAUGAGUGCGGUGGAAACACUCAAGGAUCAGUUCGGCCUCUGCCGCUGGAAUUACAUCAUAAGCAAUCUCAACCGUCACGGCACUAAUCCAAUAGCAAGGCCCUCAGCCCAGUUCCGGCAGGUCUCCUCUGCCGCCGCGAUCGCCGUGGAGCAAAACGGCGCAAAAAUCUCAGCUGCAGAGGAAACGGUGAGGCGACGAAGGGCAGAGAAGGCGGAGAAAGUCAUGAAUCUCGUCUGUUGGGGCCCUAAUUGAGAUUUGCAGGUUUUGGUGGGUGUUCGGCUGCGCAUAAGAUUUAGGUUAAGUGGGAUUUAGUAAAGCCGGUAAAUUUGGAUUUAUCAAGUCUAAAGGUUGUAAAUUUAGAAUAAUGUUUCGCAUAAAUUCACUCUUGUGGUUCCUAAUUAGCUUUUUUUGCAUUAAACGAGGAUAUGAUUUUAUUUCA